AUGUCUAAUUUUCUGUUAUCACAAAAGGCAAGGAAUAAGCAGUUUUCUUCAUUACUGAUUGUAUUGUUUAUAAGCACAAUUUUGGUAUUUCCUGCAUGUGUCGCAUUUUAUCGACGAAUUUGGACUCAAAAUAAUAAUGAGCAAAAGUCAAUCGCAUUACUACCUGAACUUUUGCGAUUUCGCAGAAACUCAAAGCAAGUUAAUAUUGUCAAUGAAAAUACUGAUCGUAAUGAUAGCAGCGAUGAUUAUGAGCCAAGUAAUGAAGCAGAAGAAUAUGAAAACGAAUGGGUAGCACAGAUAAUGGGUGGAACACGGCGAGCGAAAAAUGUCGCUAAGGCAGUUGGAUACAAAUAUAUUGCGCCUGUCCGUGGUUUCAAGAAUAUUUAUAUCUUCUCGAAAGAAAAACAUCGAAAGAAAAGAAAAGCAGAUAACAAGUCUACCUUAGCUCUCCGUCAUCACAAAUUAGUUAUCUGGGCAGAACAACAAAAAUCACAAAAAAGAUUCAAGCGUGAUAUGAGUGAUGCCAUCAGAAGUGUUGCUAGCACUGAUAAUAACUUCUCAUGCAAUAUUUUCAAUGAUCCAUUCUGGCCUCAACAAUGGAAUUUGCAGUACAGCUUGCAGACUAACAAAAUAAUUCAGAGAAAUUCAAGGACUCUCAACGGCGAACUAAUCAGUAUGAAUGUAAUCGAAGCUUGGCAACUUGGCUAUACCGGGAAAGGUGUCGUUGUGACAAUACUGGAUGAUGGCCUUCAGCACAACCAUUCUGAUAUUGUCAGAAACUAUGACCCAAAAGCCUCUUAUGAUUUAAAUGACAACGACAGCGAUCCAAUGCCAACAUUUAAUGAAUUAAAUAGUCAUGGAACACGUUGUGCCGGUGAAGUUGCGAUGACUCCAAAUAAUUCAAUUUGCGGUGUCGGAAUAGCUUAUGAUGCAAAAAUUGGCGGUAUUCGAAUGCUUGAUGGUAAAAUUACAGAUAGGAUGGAAGCUGAAGCUCUGAGUUAUAACAUUCAUCACAUUGAUAUUUAUUCCGCGAGUUGGGGACCGAAAGAUGAUGGAAAAACGGUAGAAGGGCCGGGGAAACUAGCACAAAAAGCUAUUUUAAAAGGCAUUCAGCAAGGACGUGGUGGAAAAGGCGUAAUUUACGUGUGGGCAUCAGGUAACGGCGGCUUGAACGGUGAUGGCUGUGACUGUGAUGGUUACAUAGAUAAUAUAUACACGUUUUCAGUAUCAAGCGUAUCAGAAGAUGGCACUUUCCCAUGGUAUGCUGAAAAAUGCACGGCUGUUUUAUCAUCCACUUACUCAAAUGGUUACCAGGACAAACGUCAAAUUACUACUACUGACAUUCAGAAUAAAUGUACAACGAAUUUUUCUGGAACUUCUGCAUCAGCUCCAAUGGCUGCGGCUAUUAUAGCUCUUGGCUUAGAUGCUAAUCCAUUGCUAACUUGGCGUGAUGUUCAACACAUUGCAGUUUGGACAUCGAAUCCAGUACCUCUUUUAGGCAUUAAUGAAGGCUGGACUGUAAAUGCUCGAGGAUUACUUGUUAAUUCCCGUUUCGGAUUCGGAAUUAUGGAUGCGGAAGCAUUCGUCAAGGCAGCCAAAACAUGGCAAAACGUUGCUGAACAGAAUGCUUGCAUUACUAUUUUUCCUAAUUUUUCCAAACGUAAAAUUAACAAUGGAAGUGUGACAGUAAUUAAAUUCCAAACAGAUAGUUGCGAGGGUAAAAAAAAUGAAGUGAAUUUUCUAGAACACGUACAGCUCGUGCUAGACGUUUAUUAUCCUGUACGUGGACAUCUUGCUAUAUCUAUUACAUCUCCACAAGGCACGAAAGCUCAACUUUUGUCGGUUCGACGUGAAGACAAAUCAAAUGCUGGUUUCUAUCAGUGGCCAUUUAUGUCCGUUCACACUUGGGGUGAGAACCCACGUGGCAUUUGGGAAUUGCACGUUCAGGAUAAGAGUAUGUCGGAGAAAGCAAUGACGGGUAUAGUUAAUAAUAUUACUAUUAUCACUUAUGGUACCGUGGAAGAACCAAAGCAUUACAAAGCAGGAAAACGAUAUAAAACUAAUAACGGAACUGUGUUGAACGAUCAGAUUUUAAAACGUGACGUAAGUAUCUUUUGGGAUUAUAUGUUUGUUGUAAGUCAGCUAUACUCGGAAAAAUCUGUAGAAAUCAGUUAAUU